UGUUCACUCACUCUUUCCCUCUUUCUCAUAAAACGCAUAGAUAUAUACUGUUAACACGAAUAUGGUGAAAGGAGAAGAAGAAGAAGAAGAGGAACUUAUUAAUAAUGACAUGAAGAAAGAAGAUAUCAUAAAAGGUCUCGAGGAACGAGGUUCCAUGCCUUAUGCAUCAUAUUUUACUGCUAAUGCAUCAACAUCGAGCGUAUUAUUAUGUGGUAUAGUGGACGAAGUACUUCCAACAAGAAAGACUCAAGCGGGAACCGAUCAUGCGACAUCGAUUUUUCUUCAACAAGCCUCACUUACAUCCUCUCGAACAAGACUUAUUAUAUUUCAUGCCGAUCCAACUGAAACUAAAGAUUUGAAGAAAGGUGUUCUUUUUAUAUGUCAGAAUGCUCAAGCGUAUUCCAAGUAUCAAAAUUUCAACGCGAACAAAACCACAGUAUGGGCUGCAUUCGAUACAAUAACUCUCGAUAAGGUAUGUCAAGGUAUAUUGGAAUUCGAUCUUGACCAUCAAUAUAUGGAUAUUCUCAAACUUUACCAAAUUUGGAUCAAUCUACCAAAGGAUAUCACCUCUACUGAGCAAACCAUAGCGACAAACCAAGAUAAUAGACUAGGGCGCCGACUAGUAUGUACUAACGAGAUGAAAUUCCGGACAUUUAUCGAUUUCAUUGGGAUGGUUGUACACAGCAAAAACGUUGAUUAUCGACUUGCAACGAGGAAGGAUGUAUUAUUGACAGACUUUACCAUGAAUGGAUAUCCAAUGAAUUCUGGCGGAUAUUAUGGUGAAGGAAGAUUUAUCGAUCGAACUCUACUUAUCAACUGUACCCUUUUUGAUGAAAAUGCUCGUGGUUGUCCGGAUCUGGAAUAUGGCGAUUAUGUGUAUAUCAAGAACGCUCAAUGCAAAUUAAGCAAACAUGGUAUUAUGGAAUUGGCUGUGCAUCAUGAUAGGAAUCCUCAACAUCAAUAUGCUAAGAUUUGGAUUAUGGAAGAUCAUGAUACAAAUUUGAUGACAUUGAAAGAACGAAGAUCUACCUACGAAGCCAAAAAUAAACGACUUCUUGCUUACCGAGAACAACGUAUGCGCAAAAGAACAAAGGAAGAGUUCAUCCGCAAUGUACAUAGACAAACCAUUCCUCUCUUCUCUUCGAUCAAGAAGAUGUUCCACAGUGAAGAAGGAAAACGACAUCAUAUUCGUGUUACUAUUUUAGAUUACAAACCGAAGAAUAUCUCUGAUAUGUCUGUCAAAUUCUGCGGAAAAUGCCAAGCAUUGUCGGAUGUUAGUGCUGAUUUUUGUUCUCAUUGUAAAGAAGAAAUUGAAAUCAUCAUUUAUCGCUGCACAUUCAAAGUCAAAGAUGCUCAUGGGGAUAUUGUAUAUGGUACUGUGUAUGGAUCUUCAGAUUGGCCUUUUUUACAAAAUAUCCCAAUUGUCAAUUUGAAAGAAAAUGAUCAAGUCCUUCAACAAGUUACCAAAUAUAUGGAAGCUCUUUGCCCUACUGAUGGAAAGGAACAUCCAAAGGUUGAUAUUUGUAUGGAACCAGAAUGGAAUGAUGACAAAUUACGAUUUGUGAUCUUGGAUACCUGUUUUAGAUUAGCUGAAUAUUGAUAGUAUCUACUUAUUUUUUACAAAUUUAAUAAAUAC